AUGCACAGCAUCAAUAGCCAGCAAGAGGCGGUCGCCGCUAGCCGGUCAGCUGGCUUUUCCAAAAGCAAAGCCGCUCUUUACACUGAUGACCGUCAGACAAACUUAAACGUCACAAUGCAGGUUUUAGAAGAGAAUCUUGUCGACCGCCGAGGACGUCAGAUCACGCUUCUGAUUAUUGUUGUGGUGAUUACCUUUCUCAUCGUCGUUCUUCUCUCGGCCGUUAUCUUCACUGCUAACCUCUGUUUCAGCUUUUGUCUCGACUUCGGUAGCCGUUUGGUCACCUCCUCCGCUACUGUCAUUAGAGGUUAG